UUAACAUGGCUUCGAAAGGAGAGACCGAGAGUUUGAGCGAGCAGGUAAAUUGUUCCGUCUGCCUGGAUUUCUUCACCGAUCCGGUUAUACUGGAGUGCGGACACAACUUCUGUCGCUCUUGUAUCACACGGUGUUGGGAAAUGGAAGAGAGAAACCCCUGCCCGGAAUGUAGAGAGGAGUUUGCUGACCGCACCCUCAGGGUGAAUCGCGCCUUAGCAAAUCUGGCUGAAAAAGCUCGAAAUCUAAACCUGAAUCCGAAAGGGAAGGAAAGUAAACGUCACUGCGAGGAACAUGAGGAAGAAUUGAAGCUGUUUUGUGAAACGGACAAGGCACUGAUCUGUAUGAUCUGUGCAGUGGCGGAGGAACACAGAGAGCACUGCUUCAGGCCGAUUAAAGGAGCUGUUAAAAUCUACAAGGAUCAUCUAAAAUCUUCCUUAGACUCUCUCACAAAAAAGAAAUCUGACUUCCAGGAAAAGGAGCAGCAACAGAAAGAGAAGAUUUCCGAAGUUCAGAAACAGUCACACAGCGUUCAGACCCACAUCACAUCCCAGUUUGCUGAACUGCGCCAGAUUAUCACAGAGAAAGAGCAGAGUUUACUCAGGGAUCUCAGGACGGAAGAGGAGAGGAUUCUAAAUCCAAUGCGGAAAAAUCUUCGACUGAUUCAAGGGAAUAUAAAGAUUAUUCAGGAGGAAAUCACUAAGUUAAAGGAACAGAUGGAUCAAAAAGACAGUGUGAUGUUUCUCAAGGAGGAAGCUCAUCAGAACAGGAGAAUCAGUGACAAUGUCCAGGAAUUGUCUGUGACAGAUGAGGCCCUACCGGUUGAAAAAUUUGAGCACCUCUAUUUGUUGAAAACAGUGCUGAAAGAAACACUUGAUGCUAUUAACCGAGUCUCUGUCACCCUGGAUGUGGAAACGGCGCAUCCGGAGCUCGCGGUGUCUGAGGAUCGGAAGAGUGUGACAUGGACCGGGACCCGGAGGGAUCUCCCUGACGCCGGGAAGAGAUUCACAUACUGGGAUUGUGUGCUGGGAUCGGAGAGAUUCACAUCGGGGAGACAUUACUGGGAGGUAGAGGUGACGGGGAAUCGGCGCUGGUGUCUGGGAGUCGCCGCAGAGUCUGUGGAGAGGAAAAGACGGACUCUCAGGCAGAACCGAAGCCGAUCGUGUCUCCUACAAUCAACUGAAGCCAUUGGAAAAAACAAGCUUUCCCACCACAGAUGUAAGGCUCAAUGGCCUAUAAUUAUCUGGACUAUCCCUACUACGCUUUUUGAACAAGGGGACAACAUUCGCCUCCCUUCAAUCCUCCGGUACCAUUCCCGUGGACAAUGAGGACAUAAUGAUCCUCGCCAGAGGCUCGGCAAUCUAUUUCCUUGCACCAGGCGGGGGAACACAUCCUCAUUGGUCCUUUUUGCACUAUUUGUGUAUUUUUUAAUUUAUUGUAAUUUUGUCUUUUCUCUACAUAGCAGCUGUUAGAAAAAAAAGCAAUUAGAAAAGACAAUGAUGUUAAAAACCAGACUCAGAAUGCUUAAAGGAGAUUUGCUUUUCAAGUUUUGUUUUACAUUCCAAUAGUGGUGGGUGUCUGGAGUGAAUAUCGGGAGGUGGUGGAGUAAGAUGUGAUAGAUGCUAUUAGAUACCACGUGAAUGUGAACCGAAUGGAGGGAUGUGUCCCUUGUGCAGGCAGACGGGAUUGCUUUAGUAAGGCAUGAAGUGACCAGUACAGUGGGUUCAGAACAACACAGUGAGCAGGAGGGCCUGUUCAAGAACAAGUACAGCAAGCAGAGCAGGUAAACUGGAUAAAGUGAUCCCACUCAGAGAACUGACUGUGACGUCAGUGGAUAUAUGCCGGCAUCACAGUUCUCUCACCAAAGAUACUUCACGGCUGGAUAAAAUGAAGUUUGUGAUGUUUAUAACCAAUGUGGUGAAUUGUACUGAUCAGAGAUCUCAUCCUACUGAGGAAAUUAAAAUUAUUGUGAAAGCUGCAGAAAGGUAUUUUGGUGUAACUGGUGUUUUGUGGGAAGCUUUAAAUGAAGUUUUGUGGGGUAUCUGUCUCGCAGUCUAC